AUGGCUCUUCAGUUACCUUAUUGGAUAGGUUAUGUACAUGAUCAUGGCCUAGCUGCUUCAGCUUAUAACUGCUCAUUUCAGCUCAAACAACUUGUCUCCCAGCUCUUGACAAAGGUUGCUUGCAACUCACUUGGGAGCAUUUCAGCAGUUGUUCUUUCAAGACA